UUCUUUCAUGUGUCAAUCAAGUCACAAUUGUAAAUUGUAAACUAAAAGGCGCCAAUUUUGCUAAAUUGUUACUUGUCUGUUUUUUAUAGGAAGAAUUUGGUUUUAUUUUUAGACCGUACAUAGUUAAUUUAGACAAUCAUUUACUUUACUCUUAUUAAAUCUUAUAAAAUUCAAAGAGAUAUUCCUAGCAAUUAACAAUUCUAUCACACGAAUAUCUUUAUGAUCGUUUCUGUUUAGUUAUAUCCUAAUUAAAAUCAGAAUGCAGAAUCUAGUAUCUCGUAUAGUUAUAAAUUCGGUCCGGCCAACACUAAUAAAAAGUUGUUUACACACAACAUCUACUCAUUGUGAUUCGCAAACUACUGAAAAAACCAUAAAUCAAGUGACUCUAUUGGGAAGGGUUGGAGCUGAUCCACAAAAGCGAGGAUCAGAAGAACAUCCAGUUAUAAAUUUUCCUCUUGCAACUCACUUCAGUUACAAAUAUGAAUCUGGAGAUAUAUUGCAGAGAACCGAUUGGCACAGGAUAAGUGUUUUUAGACCUGGUCUUAGAGACACAGUAUAUAAAUACCUUAAAAAAGGUCAAAGAGUCUAUGUGACUGGAAAAUUGUCUUAUGGAGAAGUUAAAUUAGAUGAUGGGCAGGUUAGAACAGCUUCUACUGUUAUUGCUGAUGAUAUAAUUUUCUUCCAAAGUCAACAAGAGAAAUAGAUUUGUAUGGUCAUAUAGUUUGUAAGCAUAGUUUGUGUAGAUUCCAUCAAUUAAAGUUACUAAGUGUAUAUUGUA